CAGAUCUACACUAAGAUUGUCACUAAUUCAUUCACUUUCCAGCGCUUACGUUAGGCAGAUCAACUAAUCGGUUUGAAAUUGUUCAAAGAAUUAAAAAAAAUAUAUACAACAUGUCUCCUGUGCUAAAGUGUCUUUUGGGACUUUUCAUUGUGUUGUGCUUUGCGCAGUUCAUUGAAAUGGCACGCAUUCCACGCGAUAACAACGCUGUCAAUGAUUUUGCCACAAAAUUUGGAGAGCUCGGCCCGAACUUGAGUAAAAUAUUUCAAAAGGAAGUAAGCCGUUUUAAGGAAACUUUUGAAACGGACGAGUUUAAGAAAUUUAUGGCCUCCGGCACAGAUCAAUUCAACCAGUUCCUCGAAAACUUCAAAAAAACUGGUGACGAGGUGAAUAAAAAUAAAGAUAUUAAAACUGUAAAUAUGGGACAAAACCAUUAAUAGCUUUUAAAGAAUUAAAGGUUAAGAAACUAAUAAAAAACGAA